AUGACGCCAGUCGUAUUUGCGCUACUACCAGGAAAGAGUCAAAGAAUCUACACUCGACUGUUUACCCUACUCAAGGAACACAUGACUCAACUGUACCUGCAUUUCGCCCCAACCCAUGCAUUCGCCGACUUUGAAGUAGCAGUACACAACGCCAUUCGCCAGACAUUCCCAGGAAUCACCAUGAAAGGCUGUUUUUUCCAUUUCAUACAGAGUGUAUGGCAAAAAGCACAGACAACUGGACUGCAAACUCUAUACCGGGACAACGAAGAUGUUAGGGCCCUUAUCCGCCGUGCAGCUGUUCUACCACUGGUACCCAUGGACUGCAUAGAAGACGUAUGGUUACAGACACUAGAAGAUCUAGAAGACGCUGAAGUACCACAGAACACAACACCUUUCACAGACUAUGUUACAGAGCAGUGGGUGGAAGGAGACAGACCGUUGUGGAAUCACUUCCAAACAGAUGGACCACGAACUACAAACAACCUAGAAGCCUUGCACGGGAAACUAAAGAAGAAGGUGAAACACGCUCAUCCGAAUAUAUUUGCCAUCAUACAGACAUUCAAGGAAAUAGACAAUGCCGACGUCAUCAACAGAAUGCAGAGAGAAGCUGGAGGAACCACCCGACCGCGUGCGAAGAAGUACUGCAACAUUGACCCCCGCCUUACAACACUCAAAGAAAGAUACGGAAACGGAACCAUUGACCUGAUGACCUACGCUGAUUCAGCAUCACAUCUACUUUAUCUUGGAUAUUAA